AUGACAAAUAAAAUGGCUAAAGACACGAAGGAUGUUGAUGAGUACUCAACAAAACUGGACAUGUGUCUCACUGAUGGAAUUAUAAAAACUGGUAGUGGUGUAGUUCUCGGAGCUCUGUCGUCAGUUCUAUUCCUCGGUAGACGAAAGUGGCCUAUCAUUGCUGGUAUGGGCAUGGGAAUAGGAAUUGCAUAUGCAAAUUGUGAAAAUGAAAUAAAUCCAAAAAAGAAAAAUACUGCAUAG